UAGCAUUACACAUACGCACUUUCUCUCUCUACUGUCUGUCUGUUUCUCCCAAUCCUCCACAGUCUCUCUCUAGAGUAGACCCAGGAAAGAGGCGAUGGAUAUGGCCAUUGACACGCCAUCGCCGGCGCCGCCCACGCCGCCGGCGCCAUCGGCAGCGGCCGGGCGGCAGACGCGUGCGGCAGAGGCGGUGCGUCUGGAGCACCAACUGGUGCGCGUGCCUCUCGAGUCCCUCCGCGCCACCGUCCGCUCGAACCACCGCCUCGCCGAGAAGGAGAUCGCCGCCGUCCUCUCCUCCGCCUCCGCGGCCCCCGCAGAGAGCAGUGCCGCCGCCGUCGACCACCUCACCUCCCUCGUCUCUCGCCUCCACGGCCUCAAGCGCAAGAUGGAGGAGGGCGCACGAGCGGAGGAACUGCAGGUGCAGCGGUGCCGGGCGCGUCUGGACCGGCUGGCGACUGCCAGCACCGGCGACGAUGCCGAAUGGGAGGACAUGCGGUUGAAGAGGAUCCUGGUCGAUUACAUGCUUCGGAUGUCCUACUACAAUUCCGCCACCAAGCUCGCUGAGACUUCUGGUAUUCAGGACCUCGUUGAUAUUGAUGUCUUUCUCGAUGCGAAAAGAGUAAUUGAUUCUCUUCAGAAUAAUGAAGUUUCUCCUGCUUUAGCUUGGUGUGCAGAAAACAAGUCUCGGCUAAAGAAAUCGAAGAGUAAGCUUGAGUUUUUACUGAGGCUUCAAGAGUUUGUGGAGUUUGUCAAGGUUAAGAAUUUCAUUCAGGCUAUAGCAUAUGCUCGAAAACACCUUGCUCCCUGGGGCUCUGUACACAUGAAAGAAUUGCAGCGUGUCACAGCAACAUUGGUUUUUAGAAGCAAUACUAAUUGUACUCCAUACAAGAUAUUGUUUGAGCAAGACCGGUGGGACUAUCUUGUUGACAUUUUCAAGCAAGAUUUUUGCAAGUUAUAUGGCAUGACACUAGAGCCGCUGCUGAACAUAUAUCUGCAAGCAGGCCUGACAGCUCUCAAGACCCCGUUCUGCUCUGAGGGUAGCUGUCCCAAAGAAGACCCCUUGUCUCUGGAGGGCUUCAGGAAACUAGCCGAGCCUCUGCCCUUCUCUAAACAGCACCACUCGAAGCUUGUUUGUUACAUCACCAAGGAGCUCAUGGACACUGAGAACCCGCCUCAGGUUCUGCCGAACGGCUAUGUCUACAGUGAGAAGGCGCUUCAAGAGAUGUCCAAGAAAAAUGACGGCAAGAUUACAUGCCCCAGGACAGGAGAUGUUUAUGACGUUUCAGAGUGUGUCAGGGCUUUCAUCUCCUAAUCAUGAAAUACUCUGAUUUGGUGUGGCUUUGGGAAUCUGAGUGAAUGUACAUAGAGUGGUCAGCGCAUUGUGCGCCAUGUCGAGUUGAUUGAACUAACCUGCAAUGUUGAACUGGCUGGAUGUUGGAUUGUGCGCAUCGUUGCAACCGUGAAACUGACGUUUUUCAUGCUCC